GGAAGCGCGAUCGUUUCGGGGAGGCAAUGUGCUAAACACCGCUAGUGCCGAACAAACGACAAAAAAAUAGUGUGCAGUGUCUUGUGUGUAACGGUCAAACGACAACGUUCGAAACGAAACUCAAAAUGAGGCAACUCGCGCUGGUGGUGCUUCUCUGCGUGACCGUGCAGAAGGUCCAACCACAAGUUGGCAGAUCCUGCUAUACCCCCAAUGGUCAGAUAGGCGUGUGUCAGGUGUUUCAGAACUGCGGGUCUCUGAUCCGACUGUAUCAGUACAACCGCAACCAGCAGACGGUCAAUUUCCUGCUCGCUUCCCAGCGAAGCUGCGGCAGUCGCAGCUACAAUGGGAACCCGGUGCUCUGCUGCAGUGACGGUGUGCAGUACGACCAAACUACUACCUCGUCUCCUUUUGUAGAGGUCACUACGGCGCCGGCACCGUCGACACCGGCACCGGCUCCUCAGCGUACCGCCGACUGCAUCGGACCGAACCAACUCGAAGGCAACUGCGUCAGUAUUCGCAACUGUCCCGAAGUGCUGAGUGAGUUUUUGACGCGCCAGAGUGACCCGACGUAUGUGCGCUACAUCCAACAGUCAAAUGCAAUCUGCAACUACGUCCAGCCUUUUGUCUGCUGUCCGAGCCAGCGGGCAACGGUUCCACCUGCACCGCCAGCGCCACCGACCGAGCCACCGGCACCCGUUACUCCCGCUCCCACGCAGGCACCGCCUCCUCCACCACCACCACCGCCACCACCGGCAACCCCGGACAGCGCGGUCGGUCCAGCCAGACUCCUGACGCCCGAGACGGGCUGUGGCUUCAGUCAGGUCGAGCACAACCGCGUGGUCGGCGGAGUGCCGGCCGCCCUGAACGGUUGGCCCUGGAUGGCGCUCGUCGGCUAUAAGAAUGCCCUUGGCGAAGUGUCGUUCAAGUGUGGCGGCUCGCUUAUCACCAAGCGCCACGUGCUGACGGCGGCCCACUGCAUUCGCAGCGAUCUCUCGUCGGUGCGCCUGGGAGAGUAUGACACGUCCACGGACGCGGAAACUAAUCACGUCGAUGUUCCUGUAACUCGGUAUGAAACGCACCCGUCGUACGAUAAGAAGGACGGUCACACCGAUUUGGCGGUCCUGUUUAUGGCGUCGGAGGUCCAGUUCAGCGAUGCCAUCAAGCCGAUCUGUUUGCCCUUGACCGAAACGAUCCGCAGCAGGGACUUCACCGGAUACACCCCGUUCGUGGCCGGCUGGGGUCGCACGCAGGAGGGUGGCAAGUCGGCCACCGUGCUGCAGGAACUGCAGAUUCCGAUCAUCACCAACGACGAGUGCCGCACGCUGUACACCAAGAUCGGCAAGGUGUUCUCGCCGAAGCAGUUCGACAAUGCGGUCAUGUGCGCCGGGCGGAUCGAGGGCGGCCAGGACUCGUGCCAGGGUGACAGUGGUGGGCCGCUGAUGCUGCCCCAGCGUACCGGUACCGAGUUUUACUACUACCAGGUGGGCAUCGUUUCGUACGGCAUCGGGUGUGCACGGGCUCAAGUUCCCGGUGUCUACACCCGCGUGGCCACGUUCGUCGACUGGAUCCAACAGAAGGUGGCCGAGCCACUGUAGGCUCCGCCGGCGGAAGAGCUGAGACUUGAACAAUAAACGGUAUUAUUAGGUUUUGAAG